UGCUUGCGCUGAGGUGGGAAGAGAACAACUAACUGCUGUGCAACAACUCUAUCUUGUCAAUCAAGUUAAUAUUGAUGUGACCAAUGCCGUGUUUUCGACAGUCCAAGAGCCUCACGAAACUUAAUGAAGCCCGCCCACGUCGCCCACCUCACGAUUGAUCCAAAUACCGUUCGUUCGGUACUCUAUCAGCCCCGCAAAGCGCAAGCGCUGCACUCUGAAGUCGAACAGUCUUGAGUAUUGCCAAGCCGGCACUGUAGAGGGAUUUUCAGGCCCUGAAUGGUGCCGGUUUGGCACUGUUCAGGCACAAUUCUGAGUAGUGCCGGUGCCCGGCUCGAGUCUCGCGCGGCGGACUUCCUGCCACAUGCUUUUCUGCUGUACCCUGAUCGAGACUAUUGCGUGCUCACGCUUCCAUCGGUGGGUGCGGAGAGCGUACUGCUCCGGCACUUCUCUCCCGUGCCGGCUAGGCCGGGUUCCGCGUUCAACCAUGUCCUCUACGUGAUGCACAGGUUGGAGCUGAUGGACAACCCGCCCUCGGCGGCGUUCGUGGCCACCAUGGGUCACCAGGUGGUCGGCGUGUUCGUCGCAAAUCGGGAAGCGUGCGGGGGCGACGAGGUGGCUCGCCUCCGGUCUCUGUUCGAGCUGGAAGACUUCAUCGCGUUCGAACGACACCGGCCCAGGAACCAGGCCGUCAUGACGGCGCUGGCGCUGAACCCCAUCUUUGCUGGGCACUGCCGCUUUGCCCUGAAAGAGAUUUGUGUCCAAUGUUUUCGCUCGCAAUUCGUUGGCAUGAAUAUCCACUCAGACACACUCCGCUACCGCCUUGGUGAUGCCGCCGCCCCCCUGAUCCCUUUCCUCUCCCCCCACCCGACCCACAAGGUAAUGCGCCUCUACGACAAGUCCGUGAUCUACUGGUACUCCACGCCCGGCUCCGACCUCCCCAAAUUCGUUCCCUGGCAUAUGAUUCCCGUGAGGCCGCGCCACCAGAUGCAGCCACGGCCUGAAGACGUCGCCCCCACCUACACGGCAGGCGGGGGGCGGAAGCGAAUCGAUUAUGAGCCGGCGGCGCUAUACUUCCUGUCCCGGCGCUUCGUUACCGAGCCUAAGGUCACCGCCAACCGCCGCGUUGUCGUAGUCGGGGCCUCGACUACCGCCCUCUCCUGCCUCGAAGGCCUGGCGUUCACCCCCUAUCUCAACAUCACCAGCCUUACCCUCGUGUCCCCCGACGGCAUACCCUCGGUCUCCACCGGAGCAGCCGAUGACGCCGCCACGCCUCUCGGAAGUGGUGGUUGUGGCGGUGGCAGCGGGGGGCAAGAUUUUGGUGGCGAUGGAGAGGGAGAGGGAGAGGCCGGCGAGUUGGUGGCGGCGGCGGCGGCGGCGACACUGUCCCCGGUCGACGAGGACGCGCCCGAUGCCGACCGGAUAGCUCGGAUGGGCUUGGAGCGGCAUGUUCGGGUCGUUAGAUCGCGCAUGGUCCACCUGGACCGCGAGAACGGCGCCAUCCUCCUGCCCGAUGGGUCCGUGGUGCCCUACGAUGUCCUCGUGCUGUGUACCGGCCUGCAGGACGACACGUCGCGCCGCCUGGGGUUGUGGGCCCCCGGCCUAAACCCUUCCAGCCCGGGCGUCCCAGGCUUCAUCUCCCUGGACUCCCCCUUUCUCCGGGCGGACGUCGAGAAAGCCCUCGCCAAAGCCCUGCCAGACGCCGGCGUGGUGGUGUACGCCGUCGCCCUCAAGGCCCUCUGCGCAGUGCGAGGGUUGAUUGACAUGGGCGUGGCACCGGGGAGGAUCUCGGUGGUCCGGCCGUUGUCGGCUGGCUCGGCGGCAGCGGCGCCGCGGAUGGCAGACGUGGCCAUUUCGGCGGUAGACGACCAGGAGAAAGUGACACCCCCCGGCAGUACAAGAAGAGGGAAAUGUGCGAAGUCGUCGUCGUCGACGUGGUCGCUCGGAGACGAGGCGGUCGACACCGCAGCGGUCGCCGCGGCGGCCCGGGCCGGAAUCAAUGACGCCGGCCAGCGCCGACUUGAGGGGGUGCGGGUGAACUCCGAGGGAGGCGUGGUGGCGGCAGUGUUUGCGGGCAAGGGUGUCGAUGGUCGAGGUGGGGGUGAUGCAAGCGGGCGGAAGCAGCGCCGGUCGAAAUCUCACGAAAAGGGCGAGAAAGCCGGCGCUGCGAAGACGGCGGCGGCGGCGGCGGCGGCGGCGGCGGCCGGGGAGAUGACGGACCGAAGCGGUGGCGGCGGCGGCGACAACCGCUCAACGGGAGAGGAGAAAGAGGAUGGCGAAGAAGACGCCACGACGAGCGACUUCCUCGCUUGCGGCCUGCUGCUGUGCGGGGACACGCCGAACGUCGACCCAGACGUGUUCCGGGCGGCGAACAACAGCGGCCUCGUAUAUGACGGGCGCCUUGUCGUCGACCCGACGUUCAGGACCGCCGACCCCGCGGUGCUGGCGGGAGGAACCCUGACAAAGUUCUCAAGAGUGCACGGCUCGGGCACGCCCCGGCACGAAAAGUUCAAUGCGAGCGAGGUCGGCACCCAUCUCGCCUUGUGCGUACGUCAGCAAAUCGACCCCCUCUUGCUCGCACAAAGCACAAGCGCCGACGACCCCGACGCCAUCUUCGACGGUUGCGGCUCCGAGCGCUACUCUGAUGGCGGCGGCGGUGGUGGUUCACGCCAACGAACGGCGUACUCCGGAGCCUCUCCUUUUGGCGCCCGGAGCAGCCCCACUGCCGCCCUAGGCCCAGCGCCUCGACUCCCGAUCUUCGAGAAACCCCGGUGCGUGAGCGGAAAGCUCCCGGGCGGGCUGUGGUACGUUCGCGCGACGCUGCCGCCACCGGAUGAAUCGCCCAAGCGUCGAGGCGAAGGCACGGGCGGUGGUGGAGGCGACGGCGGCAGCGACGCGGAAGGCGGUGGGGAGAGCGAUUAUGACGGUCGCGGCGGAGAAAGAAAGGGCAGCAGUGCCUCUGGGGGGGGCGAUGAGGUCAAGUCUUUCACUACGGGAGCGAUUGUGGUCGGCGGUGGCGGUGGGGAGGACGACGAGGACGGCGGUGCUGCCUCUGACGAGGGACGAGGGGUCACCGGCCAGUACUGCUUGGUGCGGGUCGACUCGCUGGAUCGGGUGUGCGAAGUCAUCUACUGCGGCCGGGAACCCGUGGAAGCGAAGAACCUCAGCAAGGUCGUAGGGGUGCAGCUGGGCUACCUCCAGGCGAGUGGGAGGGGACAAACGCGAUGGUCGCAAGUUACAGUAGUUGACGGAAUCCGGCUUCUACGGGACACUACCUUUGUGCGUGCCACUCUGGCUCGUCCCCUGCCUGGUCGUUGGCCCUCACUAAACCCCUCUCUCGCCCCUCCGAUUUCGUACAAACUGCACAAACACCAGGGCCUAGAAGCGGCGUUCGAGCGUGGAGAGAUUUCGAGCUGGAUCGACUUCUUACGGCAGGGCGCAUUGACACCUCUGUACCACGACCGUUUCCCCACGCUUUCCGAGGAUCUGAGGGAGGCGUUUUCUGACGGGGACGAGGCGGCGGCGAACCUGCUGUCCGCCUUGAACAAGGGGAUCGACGACGGUAUGAACGACGACUGGCUGUCUCUAUCGAUCCGCAAGGCCGUUGGGCCCGGCGCUUGCGAGCUGCCUCCCUCUACGCGGAAAACAGCAGAGGCUCGUGCUCUGGAGUGGGUGAGGCGGAACCGUGGACUGCUACCGCAUUUGGCUUUGCCUGUGCCUCAACAACCCGCCUCUUCCGCUGCCGACGGGGUUGUCGGUGGUAGUGGCCCGACCGUUGUGAAGGCCCGGGCGCGAUAG